GAAUGCGUAGAUUGCGUGUUUUAGAGAAGAUUGUGUAGAUUGCGUAGAUUGCGUGACUUGACCGAAAGGUGGCGUUAUGUGUUAAUUCUAUAGAUUGCGUUAGUUUAGGACAGAUUUGGUUAAAUAAUAUAAUUAUUUAUUUAAAAAAACUUGAUUUACUAAUUUGACAAAACAAGACUGCUUAGAUUGCGCGUUUUAGAGAAGAUUGCGUAGAUUGCGUGUUUUAGAGAAGAUUGCGUAGAUUGCGUAGAUUGUGUAGAUUGUGUAGAUUGUGUAGAUUGUGUAGAUUGUGUAGAUUGCGUGUUUUAGAGAAGCCCUUUUUGGUCAUAACUUCGUAAAUAUUGGAGGUAGGAUUAAUUUAGAGGCACCAUUAGAAUGGUAUUAAUAAGACGAAAAACAUAAAUGCAACCCUUUUUAAUUUUGACCUAUCUUUAAGAAAAUAUCCGCAACCACGCGCAACCCGCACAUUUUAAAGGCACCCACAUGUUUUCGCGCAUUUUCAAAGUUAAUUUUCGACAAAAACCCCUCAGCUUUUCGCAAGAACAAAAUUAUAUAGUGGUUGUAUUAGUGAAACCUAAGAAAUAUUUUUCACUGUUCACCAGAUAAAAGAUUACUACUGUAAGCAUUAGGUAAGUCGGUGAGCCAAAUUCUACGCUCUUAACACGAAUUACCGCACACAAUAAACAUACUGACCUGUUUUAGCAACCUUUUAUAUAUUUACUGUAUGGCUAGUAACACAGUACGACUGCAACCUAAACUGUUCUGUAUUACGUAUUUAUUAAAAAGGUAAAUUUCAUCACGCAGUUCCAAAAAGUAUAAACAGAAAUGAACUCCACGUGGUUUGUGCGUCAUUGUCACGCACGCGUGAUCAGCAAAAAGCAACUUAAUUGGGGAGCAUAAUAACAACAGUGGAACAGAAAGGUAAUUGCAACUUUAGAUUAGUACAGAAAUAUCAGAGUACUCUGGAAAUAUGCAUACACUGAAUAAUUAUUCUGUUAAAACUCUGUUUCCAAUUUACGCUUUGUUUUUAUUUCUCUAUUAAAAGGUUCAUCGUCGAUGUUCGUUAUUUUCAGCUGAUCCAUUUCUGCUUGCUUUUUGUAAAGCGAUUUCUCCAGGUUUUCAGCAGAUACAAAUAGGCCAUUGAUCUCUGACGAAAGAAUCGUAAACUCGCUUUCCAGUUCGUUGACACACACGUCAUUUCGCAUAAGUUCACGUCGUAGUCGUUCCUGCUUUUUCUGUAUUUUUCGUACCAUAAUUUUAAGGCUGAUGACAGUCAAUUCAGCUUCGUCUAUAAAAUUCCAAUGCGAUGUAAGCUUCAUAGUAGUCUUCCCUACGUUCUAGGUGAUCGUUAAGCUACGCUCACGGCAAAUUAUGGCUGUUCAACCCAAUUAGGUGCGUGGCACAACUAGUUCUAAUCACUGAGAUAGGCCGACUGGAUGUUUUAUCCUCUAGGCGAAUAUCUGUCCAAUCUAGGACGAAAAAGGUUGCCUGGCGAGGGCAUUCAUGACAGCUUGUUCUACGUGUGCAUUAGCCCUACACGCUGUAGUGAAUGUGUGUUAGUUUUCGGAAAUAAACAGAAGAAACUACUAUAGGUGAUGUAUCUUUCGUAGAAUGAAAAGGACGUUCUAAUUAAAUGCAUUGACGCCACAAGGGACUCACCACUGCAACGUAACUAUGACGUAUAUUAACUUUCUAAGAAGGCACUCGCCUCGUACGUAUAUACCAGUGCGUAUAUAAACUACACGGUAUUUGACUUCCAAAGUUAUCAAAAGCAGAGAGAAUUACUUACGUUUUGCAUUGCUAUAAACGUAAUCAUUCAGUUUGACCAUGGACAGGUCGCGCCUUGAAGGAGGCUUGCGUAUAACUGUCGGAAAUGAUGUUUAUUACGAGCGUGGAAGGUCACCCGUAAGACGUUCACCUGGGGGGGAUCUAAGAAAUAGACUCGGACCGAGACCCCCAGAAUAUGGCACAAGAAUACCGGAUCAAAGACAUGAGAAUUUUCACAACAAACCACAACAGCUAAUGGAAGAAAAUCACGGAUGGACAGCAAGAGAGGAAGAAAGGUAUCGUUGGUCUCCACAGCGUGAUCGUCGCUCUCCUAGACAUAGAUCUCCAGGGCACCAUCCUUUAGACAGGAUGUCUCCACCAAGGAGGAACUAUGAUAGGGAUAUGCAUCAUACAAGUCCCUCCCCACAACGCAGAAGGAAUGAAAUUUACCCUGAAGAAAGAUCUCCAUCCUACCAUAGUGGACGGUCGUCAUCAAGAAAAGCAUCCCCGCCUCGUCACUCCCAGAGAAGUAGGUCCUCUUCUAGUCCGGAUAGUCCAAGAGGUCGGAGUCGCAGAGACAACACAAAUUGGGAUGACAGGGUCUUGCCAAAUGUUCCAUCCCUUAGAGAGGCCGAUGAUCUUCUACUUGCUAUGUAUUCAAAAUCAGAAGUUGAAGAAAGGCCAUACAAGCGUUCCUCCUCUGAGCGGAAGACAAAUCGGGAUGGUAAAAGCGAAUCUGGAUCAAAAGCGUACAUUAACCCAGCUAUAGUCACAGAUGGGCAGAAGUUGAGUGCAUUCACACAAGCAUACGCAAAAACCUCACCACAGAAGAAGCAAUAUUCACAGCAAGAUAUAGAUGAUGAAGAUCAGUUUUUGUAUGGUAACGAUGUGCCCAGAAGGCAGAAGAAGCCAGUUCCUUAUGAGCAUAAACCAGAACCAGCACCUGAUGUAAAGAAGAAUUUACAGCCCUGUGAAAAAAAGCCAGAAGUUACUCCAGGUGGAUUUGAUACGAAUGCAUUAAAGAAUGUGUUAAAAGCAAUUGGAUUUGACUUUGAAAUGUCAGCCCAGAGUCUAAACAAAUCAGGGAAGUUGGUUGAGAAGGUAAAGACCGAUAGAAAAACAGUUGUUGAAACUAAAAAGGAAACCAGGAAGAGAGAAACAUCUCCAGAGAAACCACCAGAACCAGAACCCCAAAAGGAGGUUCGAAAGCCCGCUGCUAUUCCUGUGGUUGCUACUUCUCAGCCGUUACAACAGACUAACCCCAACCAUAUGUAUCAGCAGGCUUACAAUCAAGCUAUACAAUACCAAGCAGGAUCAUUCACUGCACCACAGAUGCAAGGACAACCUAUGCUUGUAUACCAGACCCCAGCAGGCUUGGUGCAAGUUCCACAUGUUGCUGUGCCUGCAAUGAACCAAACUAUAAAGCCUGAGCCUCCACGACCCAAUUUGAAAGUAGUGCCCAUGCAAAUGAUGGAGAAAAAGGAAAAACAUGAAAACCGGAAAUCGCCGAAAGAAUUAGAGCAAGAGAAAAAGGCAAGGAAACGUAGGCUGGAUUAUUUGGAAGAAGAAUUGGAAAAAUUAAGGAAGCAACAAUCAGACCUUAUUAAAAGGAAGAGAAAACAAAAAGGAGACCAUGAACUUAUGAGUCAGAACACACUUUUACAGGCUGGAGUUGAAAGACAGAUACAAGAGAUACGAGAUGCAGCAGAUAAAGCUGCUGCUGUGAAGAGUGAAAGUAGUAGCGAAUCUGACAGCAGUGAUUCUGAGGAUGAGAAGCCUUCGUUUAACUAUGUGGAUAAGGGGUUCCAUAUUUGUGGCUUAUGUAAUAUCACGUUUGAUCUGCUCAACGAUUACUUGGCACAUCUGCUCUCAAAAGCUCACAGAAAACUGGAAGAUCCAGAUAAUCGACCAUGGUUGAAUAAAAAGCAGAAAGCGAACAAAUCUAUGAGCAAGAAUGUGAUUAAUGUACCUUUAAAAGGUGUGGAGUUCAUAUUCCCAAUCCAUGGUUUCUAUUGCUCCGUAUGCAAAGUUUACAGUGGUGACAAAGAAGAAGGAGAGAAACAUUGCUUUAGUCAUGAACACAAUCUUGCUUAUGCUAAAUUCCUAAAAAAGAAUCCUUUGUAUGAAAAGCCAACCAUGCAAAAUAUAAAGAUUGAAAAAUCAAGAGCAGUUAAAGAGGAGAGGUGGGAAGAGAAGAAGAUCCAUAUUAAAAAUGAUGUUCAUGCUAGCUCCUUCCAGAGAGACAACAUCCAGGAUCAAGUAAGAAAGAAGGAUCAGCAUCGGAGGAACUUUGAGAACGGACAAGGACAUCAUAUUAUGACAGCUGGAGAUAAACGGAAGUUUGAAAGAAGAUCUCCGGAGGAGAUUCGCCCCGUACCUCCACAGCAUCUCCGAAGAUCACCACGGGAGUCCCCAAGUCAUCGAGCACCAGUUUCGAGGUACUCGCGCUCUCCUCCACAAAAUCGGGAGCGGUAUCGGGAUGAGAAGGCAGAGCGGAGGUUUGAGGAACGGUCUCCAAUUCGGAAACGAGUUAGGGAAGAGAAGAAGAGGUGGUCACCAGGGUAUGAUCAAUACGAGAAAGAGCGGGAACAGCAACCAGAGCCAGAACCCCCAAAACCGACCAUCAAAUUCACAAAGUUCACCUGGAAGAGGACGGAUAAGAAGGAUCCACCAAAAGAAGUGCCGGCAGUUGUAAGGGAAGAACCAAAGGUGCAAAAAAUUGAGGAUAAAACUAAACUCACAAUGAAGUUGAAGCCAAAACCUCAGCCAUUCCUAAACAUUGGAAAAGCAAGUAAAACUAAAUCUGUGUUGUCUGGAAAAAUCGCUAACUUUGCCCCUACCACAAAAGUGAACACGAAAACUCCAACCACUGGGUCCAGGUUUGGUACCUUAAAUCGUGCCAAUAUGUCAGUGAGCACAUUCCUCGCUGCUUCUAAGAAGAGCGUACCAGCUGUCCCUCCAUCUAAAACACCAGUUGUAAAACCCGCACCUCCAGUAGACCCCCCACCCCCUGAACCACGCCCACCAUCUUGCCUCGUUGAUGUAAAAAAAGCAAAGAAAGAGCCUCCUCCACCCGGGACUGAGGAUAACUUUGGAAAUGAUGAUGCUGCUGUUGAAUCAGAUGCAAGUGGGAUCAGCAUGGAGCUUGCAAGUGAUGAAGAUUAAAAAAAUCUUAAGUUUCAAACUCUUCCUGUAACUGUGCUCCAUACAUAGCAACAUCAUUGAACUUUGAGCAAUAUUUCCACUGAAUUAAGUGAAUUGCUGCCAUUUUUAAUUUUGUUAAUAAAAAAGCGCCUAAUACCA